CCGGCGCAGCGGAGUCGGUGGGGUUUGUCUUCCUUUGGGGGAGUGACGCUGACGAGAGCCAUUUCCUCCGCGCUCGCAGGAAGGAGCCAUGGCUCUGGACGGGAUAAGGAUGCCAGAUGGCUGCUACGCGGACGGGACGUGGGAACUGAGCGUCCAUGUCACCGACCUCAACCGGGAUGUCACCCUGAGAGUGACCGGAGAGGUGCACAUCGGAGGGGUGAUGCUGAAGUUGGUGGAGAAACUCGAUGUGAAAAAGGACUGGUCUGACCAUGCUCUCUGGUGGGAAAAGAAGAGGACUUGGCUGCUUAAGACACACUGGACCUUGGAUAAGUACGGUAUCCAGGCGGACGCCAAGCUUCAGUUCACCCCCCAGCACAAGCUGCUGCGACUGCAGCUCCCCAACAUGAAGUAUGUGAAGGUGAAAGUGAAUUUCUCUGACCGCGUCUUCAAGGCCGUGUCUGACAUCUGCAAGACUUUCAAUAUAAGACACCCUGAAGAACUUUCCCUCCUAAAAAAACCCAGAGAUCCCACAAAGAAAAAAAAGAAGAAGCUAGACGACCAGUCUGAAGAUGAGGCACUUGAGUUGGAAGGGCCGCUCAUCACUCCCGGAUCAGGCAUCGAUGUUCUUUACAUUGGCCCUCUGAAAGGAAGCAUAUACUCAAGCCCCGGACUUUACAGUAAAACAAUGACCCCCACUUACGACGCUCAUGACGGAAGCCCCUUGUCACCGACUUCUGCCUGGUUUGGUGACAGUGCCCUGUCGGAAGGCAAUCCCGGGAUACUUGCCGUCAGUCAGCCGGUAACCUCACCAGAAAUACUGGCAAAGAUGUUCAAGCCUCAAGCUCUUCUUGAUAAAGCAAAAACCAACCAAGGGUGGCUGGAUUCCUCGAGAUCGCUGAUGGAGCAAGAUGUGAAGGAGAAUGAGGCCUUGCUGCUCCGAUUCAAGUACUACAGCUUUUUUGAUUUGAACCCAAAGUACGAUGCUAUCAGAAUCAAUCAGCUUUACGAGCAGGCCAAGUGGGCUCUUCUGCUGGAAGAGAUUGAAUGCACUGAAGAAGAGAUGAUGAUGUUUGCAGCCUUGCAGUAUCAUAUCAAUAAGCUGUCAAUCAUGACGUCAGAAAACCAUUUAAACAACAGUGACAGAGACGUUGAUGAAGUUGGCGCUGCCCUUUCUGACCUGGAGAUCACUUUGGAAGGCGGGAAAGCAUCAACCGUUCUGGUGGGUGACAUUACUUCAAUUCCAGAACUCGCUGACUAUAUUAAAGUUUUCAAGCCUAAAAAGCUGACUUUGAAAGGGUACAAGCAGUACUGGUGCACAUUCAAAGACACGUCCAUCUCCUGCUAUAAGAGCCGAGAAGAGUCCAGUGGUACACCUGCUCACCAGAUGAACCUCAAAGGAUGUGAAGUUACCCCAGAUGUAAACAUUUCAGGCCAAAAAUUUAACAUCAAACUCCUAAUUCCGGUUGCAGAGGGCAUGAACGAAAUUUGGCUCCGUUGUGAUAGUGAGAAGCAGUAUGCGCACUGGAUGGCGGCCUGCAGAUUAGCUUCCAAAGGCAAGACCAUGGCAGACAGCUCUUACAACUUAGAGGUUCAGAACAUCCUCUCCUUCCUGAAGAUGCAGCAUCUGAACCCAGAUCCCCAGCUGAUCCCAGAGCAGAUCACAACCGACAUCAACCCCGAGUGUCUGGUGUCCCCUCGCUACCUAAAAAAGUAUAAGAACAAACAGGACAAAGGAUGCAAAAGGCAGAUGGUAAUUGAGGGGCUGCUGUCCUUCAGUGCAAAUUUAGGAAAGUGUGGCCGCGCGCUCACGUGCGCCCUUGGCGCCCUGCUGAGGAGUGGUGCAUGCAUCCUGCCGUCUGACUAUGGCGCUCACGUGUGCAGUGUGGCCGUCUCUGUACUGUGUGGCCAGUACCGCACCGCCUCCAUUACCGCUGCCGCCUCCAUGUCCUUCCUCAUCCUCAUUCCUUUAUUUCAAGGCGGCAAGAGAGAAGAACUUAUUGGGAUUGCAUACAACAGGUUGAUUCGGAUGGACGCCAGCACGGGAGACGCCAUCAAAACAUGGCGGUUCAGCAACAUGAAGCAGUGGAAUGUCAACUGGGAGAUCAAAAUGGUCACGGUGGAGUUUGCAGAUGAGGUCCGGCUGUCCUUCAUCUGUACUGAAGUAGACUGCAAGGUGGUCCAUGAAUUCAUCGGUGGUUACAUAUUUCUCUCCACUCGUGCGAAAGACCAGAAUGAGAGUUUAGAUGAGGAGAUGUUCUACAAACUCACCAGCGGCUGGGUGUGAAUAGAAGGAGGAUGUGAUGGAACUCCACGGCCAUAACACUAUUUAACUUUAAAGCUGUUGUUUCUUACAUGCUGCUUAAUAAAGUACGCUUGAAAUGUACCAUUUUAUCAUGAAAACUCUCUGCCUUAUCAGACCGGCUAAUGUGUGCACUAACAAGCACGGUUAUUACUCUGCUACCGUGAUGCAAUAUGUGCUCUGUGGGACCCCGAAGGUUCCUCCGGGCCACGGAUUGAAAUCUGAAGUAGUGGGCGAAUCAGGAACCAACUGUCGCUGAUUGACACUAGCCAAACUAAGAAGCCAUCUACUACCAAGUUACCCAGGGCAUAACCUCUGUGAGUCUAUUUAUCAUGUGUAAUGCACGUGUUUAAUGUAUGUUUAAUUUGAUGCCCUCUUUGAAAUACCCACUUCUGGUUCAGUUAGCUCCCUCUCCCAAUGUAAAAUCAGGUCUGCAGCAGAUGCCUGGUAUUCAGUGACGUCAUUGACCUUGAAGGAAGCGCUGUUGAUCUCUUGUGCCUGGUUGGGUUUGUCCUUGAUAAGCAUGUUGUACAUUGUUGUGUGUUUAUUUUUACACCAUACUGUAUUACAACACUCUUAGUAUUCACCAGCAUAUUCACUAUCUGCCUAAAAUAUGCAACCUUUGUGUUACAAUAUGAAGUAAAGUUCUAUGAAGUAUGCAUUUUGUGUAACUAAUGUACAAACACAAAUUUUAUAAAAUUGUACAGUUUUUUUUAAAAACUAUUCACAACUAGGAAAUGGCUUAAAUGUAGCAUUCUUGCAUUAAUUAAAUGCUUUUAAAGUGUAUAAUUAAUAUGCAGUUUCGGUAUCUGCUAAAUUAAGAAUGCCUUCGUGAUGGUCAUGACUUGCCAUGAUGUCCUUAACUCUAACGCCUGGACUGGCUAUGUCUGGUCUGCCGCGCUGUUACAAUCUGUAUUGGUGCUAGUUAGGAAACUCCUAGCUCACGAGCCCAGGGGGCGCCAGGGAGGGAUGGACUUAACAGUAUUGUCCAAUAAUCCAUGAUUUAAAGACUGUAUAAAUGCAUUUUAUUUUAAAUAAAAGCAAAACCUUUUAUUUAA